AUGGCUUCUAUUAGUCCUGAGAUUUUCGAACAAACACCAACCCUAAUUAAUACCAUCAAGACGGCUAUAAGUGACUAUGCAUGGGAACAUAUUUUCCGCGAAUUUUUACAAAAUGCCGACGAUGCAGGAGCUCGCAGAUAUAGUGUAAUAAUCGAUGAACGUUGUCACCGAGGCGAGACUGGGGAUUUUGCGACAAUGGCACCCUGGCAAGGACCAGCCCUACUGAUUUUUAAUGAUGCCAGUUUUGAACAACGUGAUUUUGAAGGUUUACAGAAACUUGGCGAGGGUGGCAAACGUGAUGAUGAGACUAGAAUUGGGAGAUUUGGCAUAGGAUUCAAUACGUGCUAUAACAUCACGGAUGUCCCUUCUGUUGUGAGUGGUGGUUAUAUCGCUUUCUUUGACCCCCACAGAGACUUUCUCCCAUCAGCAGGACGUGGGCGCCGUGCUGGUGUACGGUACAAGUUUGAUGCAGAUUUUUGCAACCACUAUCCUGCUCAAGCUGCGCCGUACCUUCGUAUAAAGAAUUACACUUGUGACGAAUCCAAAGGCACGCUUUUUCGAUUACCAUUACGCUCUGAAGAACUCGUGAAAAAAAGCAAGAUUAAACAACUUCGGAUCACACCGGAAGAUCUUCGCAAAUCCUUGGAAAGCAUGAAAGGGAAUGCCCAGAAGUAUCUACUAUUUUUAAGGAACGUUGAGGAAUUCGAGGUGUUAACAAUUGAUGCAGGCGUUACGGAAGAUACCCCGUCGCCCAAAUUAAUGUGGAAAGCAAGAAUCGUAAACAUGGAUGAAUCAAUUCAGAGGAUGCGUAGUAGCACUGAAUACGGAUAUCGUCAGUACCCUUUAUCGAUUGAAGUGACCAGCGGCUAUCCUUAUAAAAAACCUACGACCGCUAAUUAUCACUGCUCCAUUGGAUGCCAGACCGAAUUAAAAAAACUAAUGAAUUAUAAUAGGAAGAUGUCUUCUGGGGGCGUUGCCGUUCGCUUAGAUCGUAAGGAAGAGGGCAACAUAUUUUGCUACUUUCCGUUACCGAUAAAGACUGGAAUGUCUGUCCAUAUCCAUGGCUUGUGGGAAACAUCGUCGGAUCGAAUGAGCAUUCUGUUGACAAAUGCUAAACAGUCUGAUACAGAUAGCGCGAAAUUGGGUUGGAAUAGACACAUACUUUGGGAUGUGUUACCAAAAGUGCACGUGGAACUCUUGAAAGCACUAAACAGCCGCAAAGAAUUUGAAGCUCGAAAUGAUGGUGAAUGUCCAAUUGAAGUGUGUUGGCCAUUGUCCAGCCAUGAACUCUUUAAGAAAUACGGCGAGAACGUUUUGAAAGAACUUCCACUCGACUAUCCAUUUUUCAGAUCAAAUGGUAAAUGGGUCUCCAUUGAGGAAAGUAUUUUCUGUGAUGAUGCAGCUGUCACAAAAGCCUUCGUGCGUUAUGGUGAUCUUGCAGUGUACUUACCUUACAACAAGAUCGAAAAUUUAAAGAAAAUAGGGAAACUAAAGAAACAGCAUCUAGUUACAAAUGAAAGAGCAAGGGAUAAAUUGAGAAACAAACCGUUGGCUAGCUUCUUAGACCAAGACGAAUGCUGCGAUAUUCUCCAGUUCAUGGUAGAAGACGAAGGAUAUCAGGACUUAUCUGGUAUUCAACUAUUACCUUUGAAAGAUGGUACCAUGGCCGAAUUUGGCAGCUCGACAGAUUUACUGCAUUAUUAUAUUGCGUCAGAGGAUGAUUUAGAACUAUUUCCUAACUUUGAUGAGUCUCGACUUGUUGAUACAGCUAACGCGCUUUAUGAUGACGUCAUUCGUGAUCAAAUGGAUGAUUUUCAAGAUUGGACAAGCGUGAGGCAGUUUAAUGGGAAUGCGGUAUACUUGUAUCUGCAGAGACAUCUACCUCGUUCAAUAAUCAAUGAAUGGAAUCCCGACAAAGGGGCUCCAGGCAAGACAUGGUUGACAAAAUCAUGUCUCGACAGAAUAUGGGAGUUGUUGAUUGAAUCCAAUGUAAACGUGUCCAUGUUUAAAAACUAUCCUAUCCUGGAUAUUUCCGGCCAUUCAUGUCUAGUCCCGCUGGAAAGGCAGAUUCCUGUCCUCGUGAGCCAAUUAACUGCGGAUAAUAAGCUGCCAAUUGCAUUAAGUAAGCUAGGCGUUCUGUUUACAGAUAGAUCAUCUUACACGGACAAUAGCGAAGUGAGUCAGUAUAUAUACGAAUGGUCGGCCGUGAACGUACUUAUGAUAUUGCAGAAAGUUUGGUUAGCUCAAAACAGACCAAAGGAUUUCUUAAAACUUUGGUCCCCCCCAGAGGUUGGUGCUUUGAAAGCAUUUAUUCGACGUUAUUGGUCUGAGAUAUGUUGUGAGAAAACCGUAUAUGAAACACUUCUUAAGAAUCUUCGUAUAUGGCCAAUACGAACUCAGUCUAGCGAAAAGGUGUUUGUGACCCCUUCCGAAGGUAAUAUUAUCCUCGAAAAGAACAUAUUUCAGUACUCUUCUCCUCGAUAUCCAAAAAUAUUUACAACUGAGGAUCAGAGGGACCAUAAUAUUCUACGCGCUCUGGGUGCCAGCUCUAUUAGCGCCUAUGAUUAUCUAGUAAGAGGUGGAAUAAUCGAACAUGCUCUUGAUGCAGACCUCGACGAAUAUGUACGGUUCUUAGAAUCCAUAUUAAGAUUAAAUGAUGAUUCGAUCCUUGAGUACCUAAGAAACAGAAAAACGAUUCCAAACCAAGAAGGCAAUCUGGUUAAACCAUCGAAUCUUUAUCACGGGAAUGUAGAACUAUUUCGUAUAGUCUUUGGUAAUGCACCAGAUAAGUUGAUAAGUACAAGCUUCAAAGGGAAUAACGCCUCUAUGCAAAAUCUACAGAAAAUUGGUGUCAAUACAUCGGUUGACACAAACAAUUUUAUCAAGUGUGCUGAGUACAUUGCCGAGCAAGUGAAAUGGACGACCGAGUUUGAGAACGAAUCCACCAUUCAUCUUCGUGGUCCUGCAUUCGUUGCUUUGAACUUUUUGUAUAAUAAUUUCUCCUGCUUGAGCUUCAAUGAUGAGCAGUGGGCAUGCCUCGAAUUGAUUGAAUUCGUCCCCGUUGUACCAGUUAUGGUAAAUGGUCGGAGACAAAAUUGUUGCCCUAUGCCUCCUAGUGGAUUUGGAGCAUUCAAAAAACUCUGUCUGCCAGAGUACAGUGAUAUUACAUGGACACAGCUACCAAUUAUCGACUAUAAUAUCAUUCCAAAAGGAGAAAUAACGAGAAAAUAUCCUCACAUUGGGGCGCCAACGGCCGAAAAUGUUCUAAGGCAUUUGAAACAAAUUUCUGUUAAACUGAAUGAAUUGGUAGACCGGAGAGACACAUAUCGUAUUGUUAGAAAGAUCUACGAAGUCCUGGAUAAAACUGUUCAAUAUAGCGAUUCGACCAUUGGGAGAUGGCUGAAAAUGGCAGGUACUAUUUUUUUAAAUAUAAAUGAGGAUGAAGAUCCAUUCGACCGUAAGAACUGGAAAUCGUAUUCACAAUUGAAGUUCGGGGCAACGAAACAAGAAAAUGAUUUCAUAAAAGAAAUCCUUCAACCAUAUCCGGAAUUACUUAAAGCUGCGGGAGUCAAAAAUGUACGACUGGAACACCUUCCCGAACCCGAAGACAAGCAGACGAGUGCAUUUCUCGCCGGCAUUUUGAACCUUCUCUCGGAACUCCCGGAUGUACACGAUACUGUCUUUGAUGUCAAAGGCGAAAAAUUUUAUGCUAAUAGAUAUGUGCUAGCAGCUAACGGAGGAGUGUUCAAAAAAUCUCUCUCAAAUACUCGCUUCAAAGAGUCCACUCCGUCUGACCCAGCUGUUCAUAAAAUUUCGGAAAUGGAGCCACGAUCGUUCGAGGUAUUUCUGAGUUUUCUAUAUGGAAACAUGAUAGAUGUUGCGAUCCAUUCGAAGCGGAUUGCUGCCGAAGAGAGCGAACGGGUGCGAUUAUAUUUAGAUCUUCUAUGGGCAUCCAAUUAUUACGAAUUAAUUGAUUUACGUGAUAUAGUGGAAUGUAGACUGUCACGUUAUUUAACGCGCACAAACGUCAAGAAUAUCAAGGAGUAUGCUGACAAAUACGAGGGAAAGCAGUUGGCGAAAGUUUGUGCUAAUUAUAUAAAAACAAACUGCCAAAGUUAG